CACUCCUCACGCAUUCACCUCCUCUCUCCCCGCCACUUCUAUCCCCCCCCCCGCCUACUCACCUCCUCCCUCCAAAUACACAUCAGUCAAAAUGGCAGGGGGCGCCACAAAGUACCGCCAUCUCAGCCGUAAGUCCUCGCACAGGCAGGCCCUGCUCCGCAACCUCGUCACCUCGCUCUUCACCCACGAAUCCAUCACCACCACAUGGCCCAAAGCCAAGGAAGCCCAACGACUAGCCGAGAAGCUCAUCACCCUGGGCAAGAAGAACACCGGAGCGAGCCGACAACAAGCGCUGUCUGUCUUCUACACCCCCCACGAACUCCUCCCCAAACUCUUCGGCUCCCUCCGCGAACGCUACGCCACCCGCCCAGGAGGCUACACGCGCGUGCUGCGCGUCGAGCCCAAAAAGGAUGACCAGGCCGCGAGCGCCAUCCUGGAACUCGUCGACGGGCCCAAGGAUAUGCGCUUCGCGAUGACUGCCCGGACCGUUGCGCGGAAUCGCUCGCAGGGCUUUGAGGGGCUCAACGAGUUGACGACUCUUAAUGUGCGAAAGGUUACCCGGUACCGCAAGGAUGGGGUUGAUGAUCUCGAGCGGGCGAUUAAGAAGUUGGAGCUUGAUAGUGGGAAGGCUGCUGCGUUUGCGAAGAGGAAUGGGGCUGGUGCGGGUCAAUAGAUGUACAUUUCUUUUUCAUACCGUUUGCUUUGGUCCUUUUUUUUUCUUUUUUUAUUUGAUUAGAGGUCUCUUUUCACGACACGUGCUUUGGAUGGAGGUCUUGACGGAAGGGAAAGAGAGUCCCACGCCAGCCUUGACCUCGUCGUCUACUUGAGACUUGAGACUGUCUGUUGGGUGUAUUGUAUUGCAUGUCUGCAUGCUCGCUGUACUUUUAUCUAGUGUUGGCCGGAUCAUGUGUUAUCAAUUCUCAUGGGAGAUGGAUGAGAUGGAUAUGAUGGCCUGGAGUUCUGCUAUAGCCUUUUUCUACUGUAACUAUCUAUCUAUCUAUCUAUCUAUUUACCUGCUUGGA